AAACAAAUCAGCUGCCAUGUACUUGUGUCCUUGUAGGGGGAGUAACUGUAGUCAGAAGCUAAGGACACUGACCGGGAAGCAACAUGAAAAGCCUGCUGAGUCUGCAUCAGUUGGUUCAUCGCUCAUUCUCCAGUUCUGCAAGAUGUCAGAUUAAAAACAAAGUGCUUGAAAAUCAGAAAAUCUUUCAGGCAGAUAAUGGUGUACCAGUCCAUCUGAAAGGGGGAACAGUAGAUGCCCUGCUCUACCGAUUUACCAUGACCCUCACUGUCAUAGGUGCCUGCUACUCUCUGUAUCAUCUUGUUAAGGCCUCUUUACCUAAGAAGACAUAAGAGGUCAAAGACCAGCAUUUUCUUCAACAAUAUGCAGCAAGUAAACCAAACUGCUAGUUGGGAAGGUUACUAGAAUGGAUAUUCUUAAAGAUUCCCCAACGAGCUUGCGUAGUAUGACUUAAUCACUAAAGAAAUGAGAGUUUCAUGCCUUCAGUGAAGUACAAUGUAUAAUGCAUAAAGUAUUUUGAGAGAUUUGCAAUAAAAAAGUUGUAAUUUUAAUAUGUAUUAUGUUCAUUCCUGUAUGAAUAAAGUGCAGAAUAAAACUG